GCACGCGCGAACGUUUUGGCCGGUUCUCGGGAUUAGAGGGUGGCCAUUUCCUUCGCGUGUCGUCGGUGAGAGGAGCUGUGGUGGGUUGUGAAGUUCGGCUAUCAUGGCGGAAAUAAUUCAGGAACGUGUAGAGGAUCGACUUCCCGAAUUACAGCAGCUAGAGCGCACUGGACUCUUCAGUCAAAUGGAGAUUAGGGCAAUCAUUAGGAAGGCUUUAGAACUAGAAUACAGGAUACAGCGAAGAAGUCUUUUAAAGGAUGACUUUAUCAGAUACGUUCAGUAUGAAAUUCAUCUUUUGGAGCUGAUCGAGAAACGGAGAACUCGCGUUGGAUAUACAUUUAAGAAGGAUGAGAUUGAGGAUCCUAUAAUACAUCGGAUACAGAGUGUCUUCCGACGUGCAUCAAUUAAGUGGAAAGAUGAUGUUCAACUUUGGCUGUCUUUUAUAGCCUUUUGUAGGAAGUGGGCUGCCAAGGUUCACCUUAGCAAGAUAUUUUCUUCCUUGUUGGCCAUUCAUUCAAACAAGCCAGGUUUGUGGAUUUUGGCGGCCAAAUGGGAACUGGAAGACUGCUUGUCUUCAGAAAGUGCAAGACAGUUAUUUCUUCGGGCUCUGCGCUUUCACCCACGUUGCCCAAAACUUUAUGAAGAAUACUUUAGGAUGGAGCUGAUGCAUGCUGAAAAAUUGAGGAAGGAAAAGCAAGAGUUUGAAAAAGCCAACAUGGAUGUGGGGAGUCUCGAGCAUGCUGAAGAAGUCCUUACGGGCGAGUUGGCGCGGAUCAUCUAUAAGAAUGCUAUAAGUGUAAUUAAAAGUGCAAAAUUUCAUGUGUCACUGCUUUCAGUUGCACAGCUGUUCGACUUUGCCAAAGAUCUGCAAAGAGAAAUUUACAAUGACCUUAAGGCUCUGCACACAGACGACCCCCUCACUUGGGACUAUGUAGCCCGGCAAGAAUUGGUGAUUCAGUCACAGCCAGGAGAAGAGCUGCCUGCAACCAAACAAGCCAAAGCGAAGGAGGUGGGCCGCCGGGAGGAGAGGUGCUGUGCUGUGUAUGAGGAGGCGGUAAAAACUGUGCCCACAGAGGCUAUGUGGAAGUGUUACAUGAACUUCUGCAUGGAGAGGUUUACUAAGAAGACAAGCAGUCGCCUCCUCAGAAAGAAGAGGCUGGAAAGAACCAUGGCUGCAUUCCGGAAGGCACAUGAGCUCAAACUUUUACCAGAACUCCAGUACAGGCAGCUGAGCACGUUGUUGCUGCAUCGCCAGUUGUUAAAGGAAUCCCUGGAGGUGGCAGACGCUGGGGUGAAAUUGUUCAGGAAAUCAGUGGAGAUGUGGCAGGUGAAGCUGGAGGCCCUGAUUUCGUCAGAGAGCCACGAGAUGGCCAAGGGUUUUGACCAAGCCUUUGCGUACCUGAAACCUCAGAUGUGUCUUCCGUUGUGGCUUACUUGGGCCCAGUGGAGUGAAGAUGCCGGAAAGCAAGAAGAAACUGAAGGAAUCUAUAAGAGAGCUAUCUUCCGUCUCUCAGGAGCUGACUCAGUCCCUGUGAAGGAAAAGUAUCUGAAUUGGGCUUAUCGAAGUGGUGGUUACAAAAAGGCUAGAGAUGUGUUUAAAAGUUUACAGGAAAACCGUCCAUUUUCAGUUGAUUUUUUCAGGAAGAUGAUCCAGUUUGAGAAGGAGCAAGAAUCCUGUAAGAUGGAGAACUUAAGAGAGUAUUAUGAGAGGGCUUUGAGAGAAUUUGGAACUGAUGAUUCUGAUCUCUGGAUGGAUUACAUCAAAGAAGAAUUGAACCACCCGCUUGGUAGACCUGAGAACUGCGGACAGCUCUACUGGCGAGCCAUGAAAAUGUUGCAGGGAGAGGCAGUAGAGCAGUUUAUGGCUAAACAUGCUCUGCAUCAGGCCGGCCGUUUGUGAAAAGAGGAAGAGCACAGUCACCUUUGUCAAAUAGUGCUGUAAGCCCUCCAGGCAGAUUUGUUUUAUGCAGUCAUCUGCAGUUUGCUGAGAUGGUGUCUCAUUUUGAGGCCUGCUUUAAUUUUGUUGACGUGUUAAUCUUGAAUUCCAGAAAAGAGAAGUGCUGCUUAAUGGCCAGAAGCCAGUUGUUGAGGCCAGACCUGUGUAGAUCCUAAAUGUUUUUCAGAAUACAUGGAAACGAUGUAACUGAUCUUGUUUUACUACACCUUGUCAGGCUUGAGUAGCUCUAAUCUAGACCUCAGGUUCAGUUAAAAUGGAGACGAAAAUACAGUUCUGUUUGUUUUCUCCUUAUAAAAGUAUAUGUGGUGUGCAUUUUGUGUGAAAGUAUGGAGGGGACAGAGUAAUUUUGCAGUCUUGUCAUCUGGACUUAAACUCACUGGUAUGAUUUCCUUUGUUAGAAUUGGAUUUACACUGUUAGAUCAUUCAUUCAUUGAGUCCCUGUCAUGGGCAAGAAAGAAGACAAGCUUUUGGGCAUAUUUAUUUUAUGCAGUCAUCUGCAGUUUGCUGAGAUGGUGUCUCAUUUUGAGGCCUGCUUUAAUUUUGUUGACGUGUUAAUCUUGAAUUCCAGAAAAGAGAAGUGCUGCUUAAUGGCCAGAAGCCAGUUGUUGAGGCCAGACCUGUGUAGAUCCUAAAUGUUUUUCAGAAUACAUGGAAACGAUGUAACUGAUCUUGUUUUACUACACCUUGUCAGGCGUGAGUAGCUCUAAUCUAGACCUCAGGUUCAGUUAAAAUGGAGACGAAAAUACAGUUCUGUUUAUUUUCUCCUUAUAAAAGUAUAUGUGGUGUGCAUUUAGUGUGAAAGUAUGGAGGGGACAGAGUAAUUUUGCAGUCUUGUCAUCUGGACUUAAACUCACUGGUAUGAUUUCCUUUGUUAGAAUUGGAUUUAUACUGUUAGAUCAUUCAUUCAUUGAGUCCCUGUCAUGGGCAAGAAAGAAGACAAGCUUUUGGGAUGGAAGUGGGGGUUAAAGGUGUAGAGCUGAUGUCCUGAGUUGGUUGAAGCAGCAGAAUAGGAUGCUAGGUAUUAGGGGGAAAGUUAUCCUUUAAGAAGAUUUUAAGAAAUUACAAAAGUGUUUUUGUCUCUGGGACUGAUCUGGAGAGAAAUGUUUGCACUGGAGAGACCCAGUAACAAGGAAAGGCAGGGGUAGGGAGUAGCUUAGAAAGAGAAGGGCUUCAGAGGCAAGGAUGGAGGGUAGCUUACAGCAGAGACGGGCAUUCCUGGAGAAGAAGAAGCGGUUGUUUGAGUUGUAUAUCCUUUAGCGUAACAUGAUGUUACUGGGAAAAGCGUUCAGUACAGUUUUACUUACAGUGUUUCACUUAAUAUUAUGUUGUUUUCCAUGUUAUGUCCAUGUUAUAAGUAGCCUUGAAAACGUGAAAUAAAUCCACAGCAUUCCAUUGAAUAGAUGA